AAAAUUCAACUGAAAGCGCCAAUGCGGCGACUUGAAAGGUGAGAUUUAUUAUGUGAAAUGGAAAAAAUAGUGUACUGCUUGCAAAUCAGAAGUUAUAUUUCGUUAAGGCAAACUUUGUUGAGUCCAACAUCGCGUUGAAUAAAGUUUCAACGACCUGAAAGUUAAUAGAAACAUUUAUCCAUUUUGAUAGAAGAUGGUUAUACGAAAAAGGUCACAACCACCAUGAGUGCUUUGAUGAAGAUGAAAAAUAAUUCUGGUCAGCAAACAUGUAGAUUUGUUGGAAACAAUUUUACAGAGGAAAAUAGAAAUACAGAUGAAAAUAUGCUGAAAUUUCCUAGUACCAAAAAUAUUCUAUGGGACCAUACUAGUGUAGGAGCUGAUUCCCUGAUUAGUAUUUCAUAUUACAGAAAACCAAGAUUAUGUAUAUCAGAAAAAGUUCUGCGAUUUGCUCAUCGACACAUUGAGAGUAAAGGAAAGACAUUUUGUGGCUGUGCUCUUGUUGGACAGCUAAGUAUAGAUGAUGAUGGUGAAGGUUUGACAUUUACACUGGACAGAUUUGAUCCUGGUGGUGAUUCAUUGAAUAAUAGUUAUUCACUGACACCUGGUGAUUUAGCAGUACCAUUCCAGGUGAUGUUAAAUUCCAAAAAUGAUCGUCAAAGUUCAUCAGAUGAUUACCUACAGGCUUUACAGCUAUUGAAACAGAGGUGCUGUAGUAAGAACUCCAUAGACUUGAGUAACUUUCUCCUAACAAAAGGCUGGUGUAGUAUUUACACAAGUGGAGAUCAAUGUGUUCACCAUUUACAAUUUGAUGUUGUUACUAUGGCAACGGAGUUCAAGGCCAAACAAAUUAAUGCUGUACCUAUUGUGCCGACUGCUUUAUCUAAAAACCUCUCGGGACCAAUGAGUAUGAGUCAUUUGCAGGGAGAACCAAAAACAGGCUACUUAACCAUGGAUCAUACCAGGAAAGUGUUGUUAGUGUUGGAGUCUGAUCCAAAAGUGGCUAAUUUACCCUUAGUUGGCAUAUGGGUUAGUGGUGUUUCUUUUGUAUACAGUCCAUAUAUAUGGGCAUGCUGUCUCAGAUAUCUACAUAACGCAAAUCUAAAUGACAGAGUGUGUGUUCCUCCAGAGUCUUUCUUGUUGGUGCUAUAUAACCCAAUGCAUUCUAAACCUGAGUUUUAUGAGGUUGUCACAUCUACAGGCAGUGGUCAGAUGAACUUUGAUCUCUUCAAUGGAUAUGAAGUGAUCAAUUUACCAAAGACAAUGACCAGUGGUAAUCAGACAAUAGAAAUGGACAUUGGUGCUGUUGAAGGUGGACAGAAAAAAGAAAAAUUUGAUGGUGCUAUUCAUUUGCUCAAAAGUCAAAAAUCCAACCGACAAGAAGAUGUGCCUGUGUCGUCUGCUGUGUCAGUUCCUGAUGAAAUGACACCAAGAAACAUGCCUGCACCACACAAGUCACAGCUUCCUGUGAUGACAUCAAUGGUUCCUGAAGUCAGUUUAUUAUUUGGGGAAGACUCAGGAAUAUGUGUUAAUCCAAAGAAACCAACUAUAACUCAGGGAAAAGCAAAUGGUGUUGCUCACAUGACAGACUUUACACGGAGUAAAUUAGCUCCUAACUUGCCAGUGCUACAUGAACAGCCAAAUGUUCAACAUUCUAAUAGUGCUUCAGGAUUUAAUGCUCAACAAAAUGUUCAUCAACAGACUAAUUUUCAUAGUGGUCGUCUUGCUCAACAUUAUAUGAAUUCUGUUCCAAAGCCAGAUAAUUCAGUCCAAACUUCUAAUCAAGGUCAAGGUCAUGUGAUUCAAAGUAGAACUUCAUAUUCAGAUCCUUUCAUUGAAAAAAGAACUUCUAAUUCAAACAAUUUCAAUCAGAAUGUGGAUCCUAUGUUUCAAAAUAGGAAUUCCAAUAUGGAUCCUAGAUUUCAGAAUCCAAAUUUCAUGUAUCAGAACAUGUCUUCUCAACAAAACAAUACACAGAAUAGAACAGAAAUGAACUCAAUGCAAAGGAUGCUACCUCAAACUGUGCCAGGACAAGUGUUUCAACCCUAUCCACAAUAUGUUACACCAAACUAUCCCUCUGUGCCAUAUGGACAGCCAUCACAUGGGUAUGUACCUACACAAGGAAUGAUGGGACCACCUCAACCACAACAAAUUCCUACACAACCUCAAAUGCCUUAUCCUUCUCAACAAGGUGUUCCUCAAGGAUAUAGACCAAUGGGUCAACAGUUUGUCAAUAAUCAGCAAGGAAUGAACACUAAUGUACACCAAACAGCACCAAAUACACAACAUAAGUUUGUACCUAUCACAUCACAAAAUCAGCAAAUUGAUGUAGCACAUACUGUGCAGAGAAAUGUCCAUCAAGAUCAGCGACCUUCACCUCAUGCUGACAGCAGUAAGUCUAGUGAUGACAGUGGUUUGAGUGUCACACCGGAGAAGCAGAUUCCUCCACAAAGACCUAGUAGUAAAAAUAGUACUACCAUAGAGGAAGAGCCAGAUUCUGUAUUACAGAGUAAAAACAUCAACUGGAAUCAGGUGCCUCCAGAAGUUUAUCAGCUGUUAAUUCAACAGGAUGCUCAGCUUAAAAAGUUGCAGUCUCAGAUACAAAUGUUAAUAACAAAUCAAAGUAAUUCCUCUCAGAACACCACAACAACAGAACUAGACACUCAAGUGACUUCUGUCAAUAAAACUAACUCCACUCAUAAUAACAGCAAAGCUGAAAUGUGUUCUGUUGCUGUUAAUACUACAGCAUUCUCUCCAGACAAAGUUCCCAGCUGUCAGUCUGUCUCUCUACAGACGAGUCCCCAGAAACCAAUGUCAUCAAGAUUGAGUGAAUCAUCAGGUGAACAUACACCAAGACAAGGAUCACAGUGUAGUGGGGAUGAUGGCCGUACUCCAGCAGAGAUACGGCAUCGAGGGAUACUUCCAUUCAAUAGUACCCACAAGGAUGAGUUUGAUUUAGAUGCUUCACAAGAUCUCUCCAGUGUAGUAAACAACAUGGCACUCCAUGACAAGACAAUAGAUAGUAUACAGUCGGAUAUGAUAGUUGAUAUGCCCAGCUAUCAUUCUUCCCCUACAAGGUCUGAAAAAUCCGGAGAUACAUUAUGUAAUUCGCAGGAUACCCUAUCUAAUUCUAUUGAUAAAAGUCCAACUAGUGCUAGUAUGUGUGGUAGACAGGAUGAAGAAGAUUCAGGGGACGAACAGGACCCUGUGGACACAAAUGAUAAGGAAUAUUAUGAUAGAUUAAUGAAUAACAUUCAAGUAUUGCUGCAUCAGCAAGAUUCAGAAUCACCACUAGGAGACCAAACAGACACACUACAAAAUGAUACGCUGCAACAAAGUAUUAUGCUAGGCCAGUACAUCAACUCUAUACAACACAGGUCUGGAAAUGCAAGUCGAACACCACUUGAGACAACAUUUAUACCAAAAAUCAAUUAUAUGUCAAUGAUGUUUGAUUCAGACUCAGAUUGUUCUAUGGAAAUAAAUGCUAUGGCCAUGAAAUACUUGAAGGAUGAACAACUUACUCAGAUGACAAAACUACAAACUAAAGCAAAAUUAGGAGGUAGCAACAAUCAUCAACGUGUAGCCAUGUUACGCCAUAUUUUAUCAGACGACAAAGAAGCUACUCCAAAUGUAACUACCAUGGGAAUGUCCCCAAAUGACAUGACAUUUGCAACAAGAAAAUACAUGGAGAAGCAUGGACUGAUAAACAGUGAUUCAAGGAAUACAACUGCAGAUAGUUCUGAAGAUGAUAGUUACCAACUACAAUUGAAUUUUAGUACAAUAACUGGUAGAUCUGAAUCUCCGGUACAGCUGACACAAGAUGUUAUACACAAUACAGGCAAUGACAGCUAUAAAACACCCACACGACAAACUGUCAGUAGUCGACUUGUGGGUAGUCCUUUAAUAGAUAGUCAAAAUGUCACAAACACUCCUUCAGGUAAUCGCAACAGGACUGCUUCUGUAAAUAGUGGAAAUAUAACUAAUAAAACUAAUAGUCCUUUUGUUAACAGUAAAACAAAUAGUCCAUUUGGAAAUAGACAAGCAAAAUAUUCUGUUCCAAACAGUCAAACAAAUAGUCCCUUUAUGAACAGUCAAACAAAGAACCAAUUUAUGAACAGUCAAACAAAGAACCAAUUUAUAAACAGUCAGACUAAUAGUCCUUAUAAUAACAGUCAUCAAAAGACUUCAGAAAAACUGGGGAGAAUGAACUAUCAUUUUACUCCAUCACCAGGGAUGCAAGGUUCCCCUCACAUGACCAAAGAAAGACCAAAUGUGUUGGAAGACAGACAAGAUGUAUUUGAUCAUAGAGGUCCAGCUGAAAACCAAAUGGACCACCAUAGACAGGAAAACCAAUAUAAACAAUUGUAUACAGAUGAUGAUGAUAAAAUAUUAGAUAUUACAAGAUUAAGAAUGUUACCAAAAUUGUUAUAGCAAAAAAUUAAUUAGGAAAAACAGCAAAAGGUUUUAUUUAGAUUUUGUAUUAGUAAAAGGGCAUAUUUAUUUAUUUAUUUUAUUGUUUUAUUUAGAUGUAAAAAUAUCUUUUAUUUUAUCUGUGAUAAUAGUUCUGAUAUUAGAACUUGUAAAUUUGUGACAAACACUUGUUCUGUACAGAAAUUGCACUUUGAAGGGUUUUUAAAAAGCCUUGUAUCAUAAGACUUACCAUGGAACUGUGAUAUUAUUGAGAUUUAAUCUUGUUUAUGUAUCAUGUGUUUUAAUUGUUUUUAUUUAUUUUACUGGUACAAAUGUAUCAAAUAGCAUUAUAAAGUAAUCUGAUAUGAAAGCCAAAAACACACAUUAACUUUUUCCUUCAGGUCAUCUUAAAAUUUGUAAAUUUUAGUUCUUUAAAUUUAAAGAAAAGGUACAGAACAUAAAAAUUGCAACAAAUUCACUGAUCCAUAGUGUUAGUCUCUUCUUUUUUUUACAACUGUUAAACUUUACAUCCCCCCAAACAGUCCAUUUUAUGUUCACAUUAUUUAUUUAUAGUUUAAUACAGGUUAACCAAUAGUUUGAUAGGUCAGUCUUGUAGUUUAGUUUUAUGCUAAUUUAGAAUUUUGAAAAAAGCAUUUAGUUCAUAUAUAAAUUAGUUUAUUUUCAAUGAAAUUGUAUACAAUCAUUAGCCUGUAAACCACCCUCAAUAAUGAUCCUUUAACAUUACUAUGCAAUUGUUCCUCAUAAUUUAUAUAUGACUGUAUAGUAUACAUAAGAAUAAGAAGAUGUGGUAUGAUUUUCGAUGAUACAACUAUCCACAAGAGACUUAAUUACAUAGAAAGUAGCAACUAUACAGCCGUUCCAACAAUGAGCAACCCAUAAGAAAAUCCGCUAGUAUUAAAUGGCCUAACGUGACAGAAUGAGGCUGGUUAAUCAUGCUAGCUUGCCCCAACCCUUGGAAAGUAGGAUACUAGCAUAACAUAAGACUAGUGUGCACUGUAUUGUCAAAACAAACUGAUAUUUACAGCAUGUUUUUCACAGCAGGAAAAUCUUGCAAAUUGGAAACAUUACUCCUUUAAACAUUAAACAUUACUGGUAUCGAAAUUAAUGAAAAAAAUCAUUUUCUUGAAAUAAUAUCUAUGUGUCAUUUAUUCUGUCUUUUUGAUUAAUUUAAAGUUGAAACACAAAGGGCAUACAAAUAUUAUAAUAAUUUUGUGUGAUUGAAUGUAGGUGUCAGGGUAUGUUUGCUGUAUAAAACUUGGUUACAUAAUUUAUUUUUUUUUUAAUUUGUUUUAUUUGAAUUUUUAGUGUCAAAUAAUAAGUUUCAUCAGAUUGCAUUUGAAAGCAAAACAAAACUGAAAAUAAUCUUUUGAGCACAUACAAAAUGAAAUUUAAAAAUAUUGUUAAAAAGCAGGAACAAAUGCUGUAGUAAUUGUUCUCUCUGACAUAUGAGAUUUAGGGGAGUUAUUUAACUCAUUGACUAAAACGUCUGUCUUCCUUAAAUCAGAAGAACAAAAAAUUGAAUGUGACCUUGUCAGGUUGUAUUUUUCUCAUUGGUAUGUCUAGAAAGAAUUUAUUUGUUUAGUGUUUUAGUUUUAUUUGAGAAUUUCUUAAGUUUUUAAAUAACAUUAUUUAAUUGUUGAAUAGUAAUCUGGUAAUGUCACAAAUUCUACUCCUACUUUCUAUUUUAGAAAAAAUGUACAAAUCAAUAUUUAAGAAACAAAGACUUUUAAUAAGUACAUUUUUUUUUUUGAUCAGUUUACAGCUGUUACCUCUCUAUAUUUUAACCACCUGUUUAAGAUAGGACCUACCUGUAUGAUAUGUUCUGUUUUACCUGCUGUAUGAUAGAAAGUUAGAGAAACUCAGAAAGUUGAUGUUUUACCUGGCUGUAUGAUUUGUAGUCUUUUAACCUGCCGUAUGAUAGGAAAUUAGAGAAAGUUGAUGUUUUACCUAGAAAACUGAUAAUCUUAUUAUAUGUCAUAUUGUUAUAUAAUGCAUUUUAUUUAUUUUAGAAAUAUAAAGCAGAAUAAAAUUUAAACUAUUUA